AUGUAUCUGGAGAACCCAACCAACAUGGAGAUGGAGCUGUCUAAGACGUCAGCCCAGGGCCACCAGGGCCGAGGCAGCCUGAGGUCACCGGAGGCCGUGGCGGGGAACUUUGGCGAGCUGCGUCUGCUGGAGGGCAUCUCAGACCGGAGAGACGCCCAGAAGCUGCAGCAGUCUGCCGUUCUGCCCUCGGGACAGUGUGUCAUCCACACCGAGGGCUUCGUCCCGGUUCGACAGGAGGACGGGCACAAUUUCAGCGUGGUCAAUAUUCUGAGAGGAAAAACCAAUUCAGCCAACAUCACAGAGAGGUCGCCUCUGCUGAGAUUCUCUCAAGAUGACAGCAUAACCUACAUGACCUUACAUGACCCCGGCUUCGUUGGCGGAGAGGAGCCCUGGGACGGCGGCUCCCUGGACCUGGAGAGGAGGUACCGGCUGGGCAGCGAGGUCACCAGCCUGUCCCUGUCCCGCUCCAGCUCCUCGGAGAAGAGCGACCCUCUGGACAACCUCAACCUCAGCUUCAGACUCACCAGCAGCAUGAAAUGCUGCUUCAAAGUCUCCAAAAUUGCCACGAUGUUCACUAUCGUCGUCCUCUGCAGCCUGUUCUUCAGCAUGUAUCCGGACCGAGACAACCCCUGGAGGAUGUUGGCCGUCUCUUCAACGGACAGUUUCUCGAUGAACCUGACGGAUUUCCGAGACAACGCUCUGCUGAAGCUGCAGGUGGGAGGGCCUUUCACAGGAGGGAUGGUGGACCUCACCAACCAGGACUACAUCCUGAUCCAGGUGGAGCAGACCGAGCAGGCGGGACAACGGAGGAGGAGGAGCCAGCAGGUGAUUCAUAACUGGACCAUUCCUCUGCACGGCGAACGGAGUGACCAGAUACUGUUGACGAAAACCUUUGAGAUGCUCAGCAGCGACCCCAUCGUCAUCUCGGUUCAGGCCUUCCUGCAGGAUAACGAGGUGGUGCCGUUAUCCAUGACCCACCAGUCGCUCUACGUCAACGUGGAGACGCAGGUGGCCAUCGCUGGAAUCAUCCUGACGGGCGUCUACGUUCUCAUCAUCUUUGAGAUUGUGCAUCGUACUCUGGCGGCCAUGCUGGGAUCUCUGGCAGCUUUAGCAGCUCUGGCUGUCAUCGGUGAUCGGCCCAGUCUGGUUACUGUGGUCGAGUGGAUCGACUAUGAGACGCUGGCUCUUCUCUUCGGCAUGAUGGUACUGGUGGCCAUUUUUUCCGACACUGGCUUCUUUGAUUACUGCGCUGUGAAGGCUUACCAGUUAUCCAGAGGAAGAGUGUGGCCGAUGAUCAUCAUCCUCUGUCUCAUCGCCGCCAUCCUCUCUGCUUUUCUGGACAAUGUGACCACGAUGAUGCUUUUCACCCCCGUCACCAUCAGGUUGUGUGAGGUGCUUAAUCUAGACCCCAGACAUGUCCUGAUUGCAGAAGUAAUCUUCACCAACAUCGGAGGGGCCGCCACAGCUGUCGGAGAUCCACCCAAUGUGAUUAUCGUAUCAAAUCAGGACCUGCGCAAAGAGGGGAUUGAUUUUGCCAGUUUCACCGGCUACAUGUUCCUGGGAAUAUGCCUCGUCCUCCUCACCUCGUUUCCUUUCCUGCGGCUGCUCUACUGGAACAAAAAACUCUACAACAAAGAGUCCAUUGAAAUCGUCGAACUGAAGCAUGAGAUCCUGGUGUGGCGGCAGACAGCUCAGCGCAUUAACCCCGCCAGCCGAGAGGAGACGGCUGUGAAAUGCCUCCUGAUGCAGAAAGUCCUGAACCUGGAGAGUCUGCUCCGCAAGAUGAUGAAAACCUUCCAGAGAGAAAUCUCUCAAGAGGACAAGAACUGGGAGCAAAACAUCCAGGAGCUGCAGAAGAAGCACAGAAUCACCGACAAGGUGCUGCUGGUGAAGUGCGUGUCCGUCCUCGGCGUGGUGAUCUUCAUGUUCUUCCUCAACUCCUUCGUUCCCAGCAUUCAUCUGGAGCUCGGUUGGAUCGCCAUCCUGGGCUCUCUGUGGCUUCUGGUUCUGGCCGACAUCCAGGACUUUGAGAUCAUUUUGCACCGGGUGGAGUGGGCCACGUUACUGUUCUUCGCUGGCCUCUUCGUUCUGAUGGAGGCGUUGGCCCAGCUGCAGCUCAUCGACUACAUUGGAGUUCAGACGGCGCUGCUUAUAAAGGCGGUGCCAGAAGACCAGCGCUUGGCUAUCGCCAUCAUCCUGGUGAUGUGGGUCUCGGCUCUGGCUUCUUCUCUCAUCGACAACAUCCCCUUCACUGCCACCAUGAUUCCUGUUCUCAUCAACCUGAGUCAGGAUGCAGACGUGAACCUGCCAGUAAAACCGCUCAUCUACGCCCUGGCCAUGGGAGCCUGUCUCGGGGGAAAUGGCACAUUGAUCGGAGCAUCAGCCAACGUCGUGUGUGCAGGAAUAGCUGAACAACACGGAUACGGCUUCUCCUUCAUCGAGUUCUUCAGGUUAGGGUUCCCCAUGAUGAUAAUGACGUGUAUAAUCGGGAUGUGCUACCUGCUGGCCACCCACAUCGGACUGGGAUGGAACAUGUAGUCCUCUACGACGGGUGUCCCGGAGCCAAAGAGACGGUUACUGUGAUUAAAGUCACCUGACUGACUAAUCAGACUCAUACAGGCGCUACAGGAAGCACAGCAGACAUGUUAUGGAAGAUGUCUUUGACUCAGUUUCACCACCUUUAUCAAACCUUUAGUCCUCACGAGAGCCGAUCCAAGGGAACUGGACCUGCCGGACUCCGUACUGCUGUUCAUGGUGCUGCCGCCUCAGUGAGUGAUUCUGAUGGAAAACUACGUGGUCUGUUUACAAAAAGCAACCCUUCCCAAUUAAUUGUAUUCCACUGAUUUUAGAGACCUUUAGGACACCGAUCACUUUGUUUUAUUCAAACGUUUCACUCCCGGUUUACCAAACCGUACGCCGAUAUCUUAAAGGAACCACGAUACCCGGUGAAAGGGAUUUUAUAACAGCAUCAAUCAAACUGGAGAGUAGCAGGAUGAUUAAAUACAAACAUUAUAUACUAUCUAUUGUACUGUGUACACGAUGAUCUCAUGUAAACUCAAUGAUUUAGUUCAUGUAGAAAAUGUAAAUGCUGUUAUGUUGCAUUCACACCAAGAGCGAAGCGAAUGUUCGCCUCGCUUUACUCGCGUGAGUCGGACCGCCGGUAUCAUUCAUGUUCAUUCGCUCUAGAUGCGCCGGAGAGGAGGAGGAGCUCGUCUCCAUAGAUACCAACAACUUCUCUUUCCUCCACUUCCUCCAUCAAACAUAGAAGAAAACCAAACGCCGUCGUGUCUGGGUUCAUAACGUCACCCGGCGGCG